AGCAGGUGCAGCGGGAUUGAGCAACACACUUUCUCGGACCUUCUCCCGUGUCAACAUGAUUUUUUGUUGCUUUAUUUAAUAGUUAACAAUUUCUUGGCUCAUUCGUUGUUAAACUGGAGCGAAUUCUAAAAAAGAAAAAAAAAGCCCUUUUUCCCCCCAACCUGGAUUUAAGACUCGACUCACCUGCACGCGCGCCAAUCGAACAAAUAUGUCCGAUUGUGAUUACUUAGCGGUUGCGUGAGAAUUUUUCUUGAAGUAACUGGAAUUAAAGCGGCUUCACUCGAGGAAGCACGAUGGAGAUUACUCUGCAAAAGUUGAACUUUUCGCCGCUCCUUGUCUUCCUCUUCGCAGUGGCGUGCGCCCAUGGCGUCUUCAUCGAGCCCCUCCAGGCUGUCACGUCGCAGCGCUCGAUGGCCGAGAGCGCCACCCGAUUCCCGUGUCGCUACCAGGCCAGCGUGGACGAGAAGGUGGUGCAGGUGACCUGGUACAAGGAGCUGCGUGACGGCACCAAGGACCAGAUCAUCACCGCCCACUUUGCAGAUGGACACACGGAAUUCGGACGCUAUGCAGGUCGCAUGAAGUUCGAGAGCGACAACCCCACCGUCAACUCGGCACUGCUCAUCCCCAACACGGAAGAGUCCGACGAUGGCACGUACGCUUGCCACAUCUCCACGUUCCCCAACGGAAACUUUGAGAGGCGCAUCAAGCUCACCGUGUGGGUGCUUCCCAUCGCCUCGCUGGAGCCGGUGGUACUGGUGGAGGGCCAGUCGUUCCGCGUGGCCGCUUCAUGUCGCGCCGUGGGCCACCCGCCGCCUACCCUCUCCUGGGACACCACCGUGCCGGGCCAGACCCAGACCCGCGUCAACGAGGGGGGCUCUGUCUCCAGUUACUACUCGCUGCACCCGCUGCGUAGCAUGAACGGCAGGCGGCUGGACUGCCUGGUGCGCCACCCCGGGCUGGAGCAUCCGCGGAGGAUCCCCAACCAGCUGGUGGUGCGCUAUCCCCCCGAUGCCACCAUCUCCGCCUCCACGGACGACUGGUUUGCAGGUCUGGACCAGGCCACGCUCACCUGCGUCGCCACCGGCUUCCCCGUGCCCCAAAACGUCACUUGGACAUGGAGGGGCGGGGCAUUGCCGGACGGCAUCACGGCGGCGGGAGGGCGCCUGACUUUGGGCCGAAGCUUGCGUCUGGAAGACGGCGGCCUGUACCAGUGUGCCGUCAGCAAUGAUGUGGGCGUGGCCAAGGCGGACUACUUCAUGACUGUGACUGCUUCUUUCCUUGCAGAAAAAUCUCAGCGCAAGGAAGUGUCGGCGCCCGAAUCGUCCACCCUCAUCAUCAUCAUCGCCGCCUCGGCCGCCGCCGUUGUCCUCGUCAUGGCCGUGGUGGUCCUGCUGCUCGUCCGCCACCACCGGCGCCGCAACAAAAAGCUGGAGAGACAGCUCAGUGUCAAAAUGGAGGAAGUCAACAAUUUAUCUCGACAGGCUUCCUUUAGGAGGCUCAACUCUGUCGGCUCGGAUCUACGAACGCAGUCUGAAGAUUACACUUUGCUCAGAUCAGACAGCCACAUGAAAAAUAGCCAAGUGUCUCUGGAACGGCCCAUCUACAGAGGAAGCCAGUCAACUCUGGGCGGCAGAUGGGCACCUCUGGGUGCUUUCGAGGCAGAGGGCCGCCCCGUCGUCUGGCACGAUGAAAGCGAGAUCACCAGGGUGGCGGUGACUGACUUGGACAGGAGGAGAGCCAACUCUUACCAGAAGAGCAGCAACAUGUCGCUGGUACUGGAUUCUGGUCUUCCAUCAUCUCUAGUUCCUUUGAAAGUUCAGUCGAACGAAGCUGUGGGAGCGAGAGACCCGUUGGAUGUCUGUGAGAUCUCUGCCCCCGCGCCUGAAGAGAACUGCUGUUCGCCGGUCCCACAGGCAUCCCCCACCGGCGGGCCAGAGGGCCAGGAGGACGACGACGACGGCGGCGGUUCUGAAUCCUACCAACUGUCCCAAGCGCUCACCAAUCACUUCUACUACAGCAACGGCGUCCUGCGGCCACGGCCGCACGCCAACGCCAUCCUGUUGCACCCCCCAAGCCCAAGUCAGGUCUUGUAGAGCCAUAAUCUCCUGUCUUUCCGCUCAACCUUUGCGCACUCUUACUGGAGCGAUUCUCCGUGAAAAUCUCGCCACCUAUACGUCGUAUCUCACGGACUUCACUGUUUGUCCUGCACAGGUGAAAUGUCCUUUUGCACUUUUUCAUUCAAUUAAGCGCCAUCAUCGUAUUGACAGUGUGGAUAGGAUCACCCCAACGCUGAUCGUGUCCCUCCCGCAUGAGGCCAAGGGCAGAACAUCAAAAUACAGUAUUAGAUCCGAUGAAUUGUUGACAAGUAUCAAUCAGCGCAGAGCUUUUUUCAGCUUCAACGUAGCGUUACAUAACACUACAGAAGUUAAGUUUCCAUUUAAGAUGUGAUAGACUUAUUUUCCACGUAUACAUCUCAGGAAAAGUCGAUGCUCCACCAUGCCUCAGACUUCCUUCCAUGUGUGACACCUCGUUCUUUGCUGGGUGCACAGCAAACGUAAUUGCGGCAAAAAGUGCCUAGCCUACUUUGAAACGGGAGAAUGAGACUUGGGCCUUUUCUAUACCUAGGGCUUGUACUUUUGAGAGGACGGGGACUUUUGGAAGAUUGACACAGCAAAAGACUUUGGCUAUGGGAGAACGUGCAACUUCUGGAGGACCUUUGUGUGUUUGUUUACAUUGCAGAAGCUCGUGCCUACAUUUAGGAUCAUUCAUCGGGGCCAAAAGAUGCCGGCUUUCCAGAACUUGUGUGUGUGAUGUCUAAAAUGGACCUGGUACAGUGACUAUUGCUGUCAACAAAAGGGGCACAAUUAACACGGUUGGGCAAAGUGACAACACCCCAUUGCGUCACUUGUGAAAGGAUGGCAUUAGGUGCCAUUAUUCAUUGGUGCAGUCAAUGACAACUUAAAGCGUUUACUUGUAAAUGUUUAUUCAUGGAAGCACAGCAUCAAUUUAGAAUCAUUUUUGUAGUGUUCAAUUCUGUAAGUAGAUCAUGUUGUACUAUAAAUCCUAAUGAAUUUUCUUUUGUCCAAAAAGAGAGAGAAGUGUACUAUUUUGGUUGGAAGGAUCCAUUUUAGGGCUCUUUUGUUUCAAGGGGACCUUCACAGACAAACUCUUUACUGAUUGCAACUGAAUUUGAAUAGCACUAAAUUGGAUUUUCAGCUUUGCAUCGGGGUGCAGAAAAUUGUUUCUACCUUGUCAUCAGGACACUCCCAAAGUGUACAUUCUAGGGCCAUAUUUGCAGGCUCCGUCAGAAACUCUACUUCUAAGAUGAGCUUUCCCCAUUGAAAUGAAUGGAAAUGCAAUUCAUCUGUUCCACCCCAAUAAACAUAAAAAAAACA